AUGACUAUUUUUCAUGACGAAAUAGAAAUAGAAGAUUUCGAUUAUGAUGAAGAAGAGGAAAUGUACUAUUAUCCUUGUCCAUGUGGUGACAGAUUUCAAAUUAGUAAGGAGGAACUCAUCGCUGGAGAAGAGGUAGCAACUUGUCCAAGUUGUUCACUUGUAGUGAAAGUUAUAUAUGAUCUGGAAAAAUUUAAAGCAGAGUCAGAAGAGCUGCACACUGAAGAGGGUGACAAAGAAGCAGUGAAGGUU